CGGGCAUUUUACACAACUUCUUCGACGUCCCAAUGACUAAAAUGUAUUCAAUUUAUGUCAAUCAUGUCGAAGACGCUAUUAAAAUAUUCAACAAGUUGUCGACAACAAACAAAAGUGUUAAGGAAUUAGUCGAGACAUUCGCACAAACAGGGAUUUUUGUUCCAACCGUCUUGUUGUUACCAAUACAACACCCUUUGAGGUACGUCUUACACUUGGAACAGAUCGUAAAGUCGAUGCCAAAGUACUUAACCGAGACUAAACAGAUCUCGAUCGCUCUUGAAAAAAUUCGAAAAAUCGCACACGACAUCGAGAAGAAUAAAAAGGUCUCCGACAACAAAAAGGCUCUCGAACUCUGGUCGACCAGAUUCGACUUGUCCCCUUUCCCAAAUCCAAAUCGAGAAUAUGUCACGGAAUUUCCACAGGUCCUUGCCACCGAAAAUAAAGACGCAACGGUGUACUCUCUUGUGAUAUUGUCGGACAUAGCAUUGUUGGUACGAAACAUUGGGAAAUCUACAAAGGAAAAAUGGAAGGUCAAAGCUUUCUUAUUGUCGGAUUGGAAGAUGAAGGAAUUCAAAGACAACAAGAUCACCCUCGCAAAGCAAAAAUCGGACAAAACCAUCAUCCUCCGUUGCACCAAAAUAAAGGACACAGAACUCUUGGCACAAAUCAUUAAAAACCCAUCAAAAUACAUCCUCAAGUGUUAA